AUGACUAUCAUGGAAUUGUUUUGGGCACAUCCUGUAAGUUUAGAUUUGCUCCGUUCAUUUCCAAAGGUGAUUGUCAUAGACAGAGAGCUUGCUUUGAUGAAUGCUAUUGACAGGGUAUAUCGGACUCGUACAGCUACUACUUAUUCAUAUGUUGAUGCCCUCCCAGUUGGAUUGAAGCCAUACAUACGUCUUAUCAAGGAUGUAGAUACCGAUCGCAAUUGUGGUUUUAGGGCCAUUACUGGCUUGAUGGAGCUUACAGAGGCUGAAUGGGGUCAAGUCAGGUGUGAUCUCCUAAAAGAAUUGCACACACACAAAGUCCAUUACACUCAGUUAUAUGGUUCACAUGACAAAAUUGAAGAGUUGACCCAUAUUCUAUCAUACUUUGAGCCUAAUCCAGGAUAUGACCGUUGGAUGACUAUGCCUGACAUGGGUCAUCCUAUUGCAUCAUGUUAUAAUGUGGUAUUGUACCACUUAUCUGCACAACAAUGCCUUACAUUCCUCCCCUUACGAUCAGUGCCAAUAUCACAAGUUCAAUGGCGUGAGAUUGCUAUAAGGUUCGUUAAUGGGAUUCAUUUUGUCCAGGUAUUCAUGUUACCGGGUCAUCCAGUUCCACUGAUAGCUACUAAUUGGUGUAGGUUUCACCAUUCUUGCGCAGCUGGAUGUAAUAGUGCAUAUAGUCGUCGAAUUAAGCAUUUUAAAGAAGUUGUUCAUUCAAGGGUAGCUAUUAGAGAGACAUUUGAUUGUAUUAACCUUGAUGAGUAA